AUGCUAGUAAUUGCUUCAUCUUUUAUUUUUCAGGCUGAUCAACUUACAGAAGAGCAGAUUGCCGAAUUCAAGGAGGCAUUUUCGCUCUUUGACAAGGAUGGAGAUGGCACCAUCACCACCAAAGAGCUGGGCACAGUCAUGCGCUCUCUGGGCCAGAACCCCACAGAGGCGGAGCUGCAGGACAUGAUCAAUGAAGUGGAUGCCGAUGGAAAUGGAACGAUAGACUUCCCAGAGUUCCUGACCAUGAUGGCCAGGAAGAUGAAGGACACAGACAGUGAGGAGGAGAUCAGAGAAGCAUUCCGUGUCUUUGACAAGGAUGGCAAUGGAUACAUCAGUGCUGCUGAGCUGCGCCAUGUGAUGACAAACCUUGGGGAGAAGCUGACUGAUGAGGAGGUGGACGAAAUGAUCAGAGAAGCAGACAUUGAUGGAGAUGGACAGGUCAACUAUGAAGAGUUCGUACAAAUGAUGACGGCGAAGUGAAGGCCUUGUACAGAUUUCGUAUAUAAAUAAUUUGCCUUUUUUUCUUUGUGUAAUUUAUCUGUAAAAUCUUAAUAGCCCCCCUUCGUCCCUGCCCCUUCUGCUGUCCAAAGGAACUGCAUGUAAACUGCAUAGGCUCUUGUCCCCAUGUCCCUUUCUUUUGCUGUCAUGGUGUUUUGGAGUGACGGAAUGGUCAUACAACCAGAUGCCUGUGGAGGCCCUUGGGAGCCGAAGAACUUCGAGUCUUCCCGUUUUGUGUGCUCGGGGCCCCUCUGCGCAUGGCGACAUUGGAAACCUGUCAGCUGGUUGUCACUUGGCAACACUGUUGGCAUGGAAACAAUGUAGAGGAGUUUAAACUCUGCAUGGACUACGGACAAAGUAUAUAUGGAAAUCUCUCAGCAUUGCACUACUGCAAAAAAAUGACACGGGUGUAUCUCCUAGGUACUCGUACAAACUCUUUUUGUAUCUGCUGUUCUAUAUACCAGAAAACGACUAAUCUUACCAUGCUUUUUAAUGUUUUACUCACUACUUUUACUUUUCUUUCUUUUUCUUUUUCUUUUUUUUUUUUUUAAAUGACCUCUGGUCAUGCCUCAAAUAAUCCAUUCCAAGUUGUAUAUUUUUGUUUUCCAAUAAAAUGUACAAUCUACCCGGA